GCAUGAAACUUCCGGCGCCAAAAGUUUCUCCUUAGGAAUUCCUCAAAAUUUUCCCUGUUUUCUCCUGCGUUGGGACGAGGCUCGGCGUCCAAGUCCUCAACCGCCGAAGAGAUAAAACGAAGCAGAUGAGAGUUCGGACCGACAGCUGAACGGUUCUUCUGAACAGAACCGCGACUGGUUUUGGGACUAAAGAGUCAAAACUUCCAGAUGAAAGAGUCGCAGCGGAGCUAACUUGGCUCAUCACGUAACUUCGGCCGUUAGGUCCGCUGGGAGCAGCGGCGACUUCUCCAUGGAGGGAGAGAAGGAACAGCAGAGGGAGGAGAAGGAGAGUAACGAGGCAGAAGACGACACGAAGAGUGAUGAUGAAGAGGAGGAGGAUGGAAACACUGAGAGGGACAUGCUGGUCUGGCAGGAAGGCUGUGACAAGGACAAUCUGGGCCUUCCCAUCAUGCACUGGGAGGCUCUGAGCCUGCACAUCGCUGAGCUGGAGAAGCAGGAAGAGGAGAAGAAGGCAAAGGCUGGUGCCCUUGGAGAGCGGGUCAGAACCCCGCUGAGCUGGACGGAGGACAAGAGGACCAGAGCAGAGAGCUGGGAGGAUGGCAGCGAUGCCUGCAACAGCCACGUGCUAGCGCUCACCAGCCGCCUACAGACGCAGAUGAACCUGCAGCUCUGCUUCAUCAACAACAGUGAGAGUGAAGAGGAAGACGAAGAGGAAAAGAAAGGAGAUGCCUGCAGCUCCUGGAAAGGAAUGGAUCGUAUCCAUGACAACACCCAGCAUGCUGCCAAGCCAGAGACUUCAAAGUCCAGAAGCUUCAGGAGCGCUCUGAGAAAGCUCAGAGAACGUCUGAGGACAGAUCACAAAACCCCAACUGCUGCUGAUACAGAGCUGCUAGUCCAGAGGAAACAUCUGGAGCGGUGCGACUUACAGAAGUCCAGUGUGAAGGACCUGAAAGCUCUUUGUUCCUCCCUCAGCAAGGACGUCCAAGACAAUGAGAUGUUUUACCAGAGACCCGUUGUUGGGAUUAGUGAGGAGCUGCUCCAGCAUCAGCCUGUUAAGCGCUUUAAGCUACGCCUUCUUCUGUCAUGUGUCUGUCAGAGCGGAGCUCUGAGCUGGUGAGACGCCUCCACGUUCGAGACCAGCUGAGGACGGAGCAGGAUGCUAUGCUGUUGGAGGUGCAGGAUCUGAUGUCCCUGUGAGGUUUCCAGUCCUCCCACCGCCUCCAGCUGAGCGUCACUUGUCAACCAUCACAAUCAGUCCCAGGUCAACUUUUAGCAAGCAGAGUGAUAACAGCUAGCAACGUUAGCUAACCCCCCACUCUGUAGUUUACUACCCGAACUACAAACAUGGUAGGCAGGUCCGUCUGAAACAUUUUUACUGAAGACAUUCCUCCUCGCCAGAUUUACCGUCCUGCAGAUCUGCGUUAUUGUUUACAACUGUUGUGUUUUUGAGUUUUGGGUUUGUUCUUUUUGUUUUUUUCUUUCAAUAUUUGUAAAGCAAUCAUGAAAUAAAACACUCGGAUUUUUAAUCUGGGAAAACUAC